CACACGUUUGUUUUGGUCCUCCCAGCUAAGACCUAUCGUUAGCUAGUUAGGAGCUCUUUCAUCUAUUUCUGUUUCUGCGAUCGGAUUACUUAUUUUUUCUGUGACAGCUAUAACGGAAAUGAAGAAGUUUUUGGAAGACAUUAAGAAAGACAUUAAGUUUAAAUCUGCGGGACCUGGGAAGAAGUUAACAGAAGAAGCCAGUGCCAAGGCCGAGGCGGCGCAGAGCAGCUCCAGUGCCAAGCACAACCGCUAUGUUCCCAGCGAAGGAUCCCAGAGGGCCGGAGCCGCAGCUCUGGCCAGGAUAGAGCAGCACCCCCGGCCGAAGGUCCACACCUCUCAGGACGCCAUCAGGAACCAGGUUAGAAGAGAACUGGAGGCGGCUGCACUGACCGAUAAAGAAAAGGCUGAUGCAGCAGAGAGAUCCAAAGUGCCAGUGAUAGAUCCCGCCUGUUUGUCAGUGUCAGGUGUGUAUUUCACCUGUCCGCUAACUGGAGCCACUUUAACUAAGAGAGAGAGGGAAGUACACAUUAAAGAGGCCAUUUUAAUGCGGUUUGAGGAGGACGCGGUCGAGGCCUCUGUUAUGAUGGUCCACACAUUUAACAAAGACAGAGAGAAAGUGAAGGCUGCUGUGGACAUCAUAAGCAAAUAUAUUGAGAAUAUAUGCAAGAAUCCCACAGAGGAGAAAUACAGGAAGAUUAAACUCAGCAACAAGGUGUACCAGGAGAAAGUUCGUUGUGUGGAGGGCAGUAGAGAGUUCCUGGAGGCCUUGGACUUCACUAGCAUUAUGCUUCCUGUAGAGGGUCAAGAGGAGGAAGAGGAGUUCCUGGUCUUACUGGAGUACAGUCCCGAUGCCCUGGAGCUGAUGAAGGAGAGGAGGGAUCGUCUGCAGAGAGGCGAGCCGGUCAGAGCUCAGCUGGACAGACAGCCUCAGGCGUUCAGAGCCUCUCCCAACGCCCAGCGCUUCGAGCUGCCUCCAGAAUUCUACAACCUGACAGCGGAGGAGCUCAAGAAGGAGCAGCAGCAGAGGAGCGAGAUAGUGGACAAGAACGCCAUGAUGCGCACUAAAGCCAUGAGGGAGAAGGAGGAGCAGAGGGAGAGAAGGAAAUACAACUACACUCUGCUCCGGAUCAGACUGCCCGAUGGGAGUCUGCUACAAGGGACCUUUUAUGCGUGGGACCGGCUGCCUGUGCUGUUUGCGUUUGUUCGGGAGUCCUUGGUGGACGGCUGGCAGCCCUUUGAGCUCAUCGCUCCUGGAGGUCAGAAGCUCAAAGAGUCUGAAGAAGUCGCACUAGCAGAGUGUAACUUGGUCCCUGCUGUUCUGCUCACGUUUGCCUGGGAUGCGGCCGUGCAGGCGGAUAUUGCAGCCGCGGGUGGGAAGAGCCCCGCCCUCCUCAAACCGGAGCUGCUGGAAACCAUUCGGACCCUGAGCUGAGCAGACGCUGUCCCUGAAAUCCACCACACCACACCACACCCGCUGGCACUACUGGGGUGGAUUUGCCCCCCCCCUCACAAAUGACUAGUAAUACAUUUAUUUUUUACAAACGCUAACUUAAAGUCAGUAGCAGUGAUAGGCUAAAGGGGGCAACUUCACCCUGAUGCGCUUGUUUUGCUGAGCAUACCGUUCUCUCUCCACGUGGGGAUGAUGUCACUCUACAGAAGCAUGUUGUACCCGAGGAAGUAACAGAAAGUCCUCUGUGCUCUAACCAACAACCUACCCGUCAGGUGUCCGUCAUGUGGCAUGUCGAGACCUCGUUUUAACUGUGUCAACUCCCCGUGUUUGUAGUAAACGGCCCGUCUUGCUUCCACAACAGCUGGAUUAACAGCGUGGCUGUACAGUCGUGUAGGAGACGACUCAAGAGAGUAGUGGAGUAAAUGUGGCAGUAGUAGUGAUAGAAAUGGAAGUCAACCUGACUCUGACUUGAAAUGCUUCAUGUUUUGUUUAGUGGUGCUCAACUUUAAACGGUGUUUUUUUGUCAGCCGACGGUUUUUGUGCUUUCCCCGUUUGGCCUUGCACUCCUUCUCUGGUUGCUUAAAUAAAAACACUUAAAAUGUAAUUUAUUUUUUAUUGCGUAUGAGCACAAGCCCCAAUCAUAAAUCAAACAAGUUUAUUUCUGGAUUGACUUUGAAUUGACGUCCCACACCGACGUAUUCUUGCUGACAAACAAAACAAGCAUAAUGUUGUUGGCCAGAGCUGAUGAAGUCCCCAAUGUAUUAUGUUUUAUAAGUGUUAGUCAUGUGCUGACUGUGAUGGGGAUUCUACUACCAAAAUAUGUUCUUGUAUUUAUCCGUUCUAAGCACUUUUUGGGAUUAUUUAAACCUAUAAACCACUAAAGAGUGCCCUAAAUGUUAAACAUUGUCAUUUGCAAAGGCUCACUGCAGACGCUUCAUAUAAGCAGCUUGCUUUGGCAUGACUCGUGUUUCUGUUCAACCUGGCAGCACGGACUCGGCUUGAUGAUGAUGUUGGUCUUUAAAUUCAUCUUGAGUUUGUAUUUGUAUCAAACACAUUUCCUUGAGAUAGAAACGGUCUGUAUUUCCAACACAAGUGGGAGAACGUGAACAUGUAAAUACAGAUUCCAGUGCACCGAAUGCAAAGUAAUCAAACGUUUUAGAUCCACCGUUUCCCUUGAAACACGUCAUUGAAGGUUGAUAUAUUUAUUUUGGUUUUGCUCUACAUGAAUCUGUAAAAGCCAAAUAUAGUUUCUCCUGUUUGUGGUUGGUUAAGACGACAGCAACAACCUACCUCUCAUCGCUCAUCUGUCGAAUACAUCCAGAGUGAGUUGGACACAAACAUGUCACCGAAAUGGAUCAAAAGUCCUGUUUUUAGUUUGUUUACAGUAGAAUUGUCACUACUUUAAACCGGUUCUAAAUAUUCAGCGUUUGAGGCCAAGUCAGCCCGGAGCAACAUCUCUGCACUCCUCUGCUUCAGUGGCCACAGGUAUUCAAUGGAAGGGUGUAAAUGUUUUCUUUUCUCAGCAAGAACCGUAUUAAGAAUAAUUAGUGAGCAGUUAUGAUCUGUCUAGAUGGUCCGAGUUGUAUUCCGUUGCUUUUCAAUAACCUGCCUGUAACCAAGAUCGCUUGCAUUGCAUCUAAACCGUUUUGUUUAAUAAACAGAAUUAUGAAGCA